AGGGGAGAACACAGAGCCACCCUGGGGGGAGGGAGAGAGAGAGAGAAAGAGAGAGAGAAAACCAUUAAUACUCUCUCUCUACUAGUCAACACAAAUAAGCAUAGAUUGAUAGCUCUCUGACCAGACAUGGGGAACGUCAGGACCAGCCCAGUCUCUAUGCCAGAGAAUGGAGAUGACACCAACACCAGCUCUGACCCCUUUCUGAGAAACAACGAUACCCUGAGAGUCCUGUCUGACUACCCCUCAGCAGACGUCAGUGAAACCCUGGUAGUCUUGUCUGACUACCCCUCAGCAGACGUCAGCGUGCCUCUCUUCAGGAUAGGAGAGAGACUGAGACUCCUGGCAGAGGAGGGUUACUGGUGGAGGGUUUGUUCUGUCCAAACAGGAUAUGAGAACUACAUCCCCAACAACCAUGUGGCCAAGGUCUAUCACGGCUGGUUGUUUGAAGGGGUGGCCCGACCCAAAGCAGAGGAACUGCUUCGUCUGCCCGGAAACAGAGCUGGCUCCUUCAUGAUAAGAGAAAGUCAAAAAGGAGUGUAUACCCUGUCUGUACGGCACAGGGUUAUGGUACACUAUCGUAUUAUCCGCCUUCCCAACAACUGGUACUAUAUCUCUCCUGGUCUAACCUUCCAGUGUCUAGAGGACCUCGUCAACCACUACUCUGAUUGUGCAGACGGCCUGUGCUGUAUUCUCACCACCCCCUGUCAGACUGUAACCAACGGCAACCUCAACCUGGCCUCCCAGGCACCCCCUGUGGUGAUGCACAACAACUUCGACUGGAAAGACGUCAACAGGUCGGAGCUGACAGACCAGCCUCAUCGUUACCCCGGCAACAGAGACUCUAUGAUCAGCUUUGGCUUGCGGAACACAGUCUCCUCCUACAUGUCUCUGGGGGACACGAGGAAGGAGAGGAAGAGCAGCAGCUGGAGGAGGCAGAAGAGGAGGAGCAGUGUGUGUGUACCUCCCAGUAACGGUCACGGACUCAGCACUACAGCACUGGAGGAGGAAGAGGAGGGGGAGUACGCACAAGCCAUCCACCUGAACUCUUAAGACUGGAUAUGGGCUUAAUGUAUAGAGAGGACAUAUCGUGCUGUAUAGAGAGAACAUAUCGUGCUGUAUAGAGAGGACAUAUCGUAUCGUGCUGUAUAGAGAGGACAUAUCGUGCUCUAUAGAGAGGACAUAUUGUGCUGUAUAGAGAAGACAUAUCGUGCUGUAUAGAGAGGACAUAAUCCAGUUGUAUAGAGAAGACAUAUCGUGCUGUAAAGAGAGGACAUAAUCCUGCUGUAUAGAGAAGACAUAAUCCUGCUGUAUAGAGAGGAUAUAAUCCUGCUGUAUAGAGAGGACAUAAUCCUGCUGUAUAGAGAGGACAUAAUCCUGCUGUAUAGAGAGGAUAUAAUCCUGCUGUAUAGAGAGGACAUAAUCCUGCUGUAUAGAGAGGAUAUAAUCCUGCUGUAUAGAGAGGACAUAAUCCUGCUGUAUAGAGAGGCCAUAGCAUACUGGACUAUGCCGUGAACGUGGAAGUAAAACUGUAAUGACUGUCACACUGCAUGAUCAGUGACAUUCAUACCAUUAAUCACAAGGGUGUUACUGUUUGACAGCCUAAACUAGUUGUAAACAGCUGGAAUGGUUAAGACCGUUACUGUAACAGCAUUAUUUACACACGAGGGCUUAGUAACACAUCCACAAUAGCCCUAUUUCCCAUAUAGCGCACUACAUUUGAUAGGGCUCCGGUCAAAAGCAAUACACUAUAUAGGGAAUAGGGCGCCAUUUGGGACUCUUAGUGAAGGUCAGGGGUCACAGGUCAGCUUACCAUGAGCAGCAUCCUGUUGAAGAGACCACGCGAGGAGGGAGAGGUCAGAUGUAGGCUGGCCACGUCGGCUCCGCUCCGCUCUGCCCCCACCGUCACCAGCCUGGGCUCACCUCCGAACGCCUCAAUGUUCUCCUGGACCCACUUCAGAGCAACUACCUGGUCCUGGAAGCCGGCGUUACCUGGCAGGGCUGUGGAGCCUAGAGGCAUUCAGUUCACACUGCUGUUAUUUCAUGUACCGUGUCAGGAGUCAAAUCCAUUCAAGAGACAUACUUAUAUAACGUAAUAUGUUCUUUGGUUGUGACUUGUGUCAUCAUCUACAUCAUUUCCAAAAUAUACAAAUAACAUGUUUUUAUUCCA